AUGGUCGACUACUCUAAGAAAACGGUGGUUGAGCUGAUAGAGAUCCUUAAAUCGCGGAGCCUGCCACAUUCAGGAAAGAAGGCAGAUCUUAUUGCCAGGCUGAAUGAAGCAGACAAAGCAGCGCAAGAAAACGAAACCGAGAAUGCGCCUCCAGCAGAAACGUCCACCGCGCAGCCUGCACCAGCGCCAGAACCCACCACAGCCACAGCGCCAGAACCUACAUCUGAGGAACCUGCAGUCGCGGAACCCGCAGCAGUAACUGAAAGUGUCGACGAGAAAGACUCUCCCUCCGCAAAUACCGACACAGCGCUAGCCGACUCUACUUCCUACGCUCUGAACCUACCGCAAUCAGACCUUGACUCUGAGAUGGCCAAGCGUAAGGCUCGUGCUGAGAGAUUCGGUACCAGCGCAGCCCCUACAAAUGGUGAAACAGGAGCAGACACCGCAGAUGGUGAGGCUCAGAGAGCUCUGGAACGCGCGCGACGCUUUGGAACUGGUCAGACGGCUGUGGGAAAGUUGGACGAAGCCUUACCUGAAGAGCGCGAGCGUGGUUCAAGGAAACGAGGCAGGACUGAAGAGAGUGGCGCCCUGGACGAUCCUGGUCUGCGAAAGAGCUUUGGGGGCCGAGGAGGGCGAGGAGGAGGCCGUGGUGGAAGAUUCCGAGGAAGAGGUGGAAGGGAUAACUCACGACGGAGACCGGGAGAGAAGCCUUCUGGGAUUCCUAAGCAAUCAGGCGUGUUUUCUACGGAUGCGGACCGUGCUGCCGCCGAGGCGAGGAAAAAGAAGUUUGCAACAGCGUCUUGA